GCGGGCACAUGGAGGUGAGCAGCGGGCGGGCGUCGUCGCGCUUUCAACGCCUGGGCGUGCUGGGCUGGUUUGUGCUGAAGCAUAAAGAGUUCGCUCAUCUCCGGGAGGUGAAGGUGUUUCCCAACGCCCUCAACCCACACAAGGAGGAGUCACUGGCACUGGUCAAAGCCAUGAUUGACCAGGUCAUGGCACUGCAUGAAGAUGUAAAAUGGUUUCACAUCGGAUGUGAUGAGGUCUACUACCUUGGCGAAGGAGAGGAGUCAAAGCAGUGGCUGCAGCAACAAGACAACACUCCAGAAAAGCUGUGCUUAUCCCACAUAAAAGCAGUAGCCAGUUGUGUGGCCUCAUCUUACCCCGCUGUGACACCCAUCGUGUGGGAUGAUAUGCUCAGAGGGAUAAGUGAGGAAACGUUGGCAGAGUCUGGGGUCCCACAGCUUGUGCAGCCAAUGAUCUGGGACUAUGCAGCGGACCUCGACGUGGAGGGCAAAGUGCAUCUCAUAGAGAAGUAUCGUAGAUGUGGCUUCUCCAAGGUGUGGUUUGGCAGUGCUUUUAAAGGAGCUACAGGAGUGAAUCAGUCUCUAACGCUUAUUGGACAUCAUUUAAAAAACCAUCUUCAGUGGCUGAAAGUGGCAAGCGAUAGCCCCGCUGAUGUCCUUGAAGGUAUCGCGCUGACCGGCUGGCAAAGGUAUGACCACUUCUCUGUUUUGUGUGAGCUUCUCCCUGUGGCAAUUCCAUCAUUGGCUGUAUGUCUGCAGGCACUAAAGAAUGGCGGCUAUUCUGAAAAGAUUAAAGAAAAUGUGGAAAAGCUCCUGGGAAUGUCCAACCUGGAAACUGAAUCUUUCAUGAGCACAAGUCUGGGGACCUUUCCUGGGAGCAAUAUCCUUACGCUUGUGACGCAAGUUAGUUUCUACCUCAAGUCAUCAGUGGAUGAACUUCUUGAAAGGAACAGAUAUGUCACAGGCUGGUUCAGCCCCUACCACAGAAAAAGGAAGAUUAUUCAUCCUGUAAUAAUGCAUCACUUUCAGCCAGAUGCAGUAAGUCUUCUCUCCAAGUGGAAUGCUGUGGUGCAGGACCUCCAAGCAGCCAUGGAGCAAGUUUUCCACAAGUGUACUGUAGAGGAGUGGAUGGAGGAGAAUGUCCACCCCAGCCUACAGAAGUUGCAGCAACUGGUGGAUGAUUUAGAUAAAGCAAUAAAAGCACAAAAUUAGGGGCACUUCACUUCGUCUGUCUUACUCCAUGGGAAAGCAUGGCUAGCAGAAAUCUGCAACUAGUCAUGGAGCUUGUCAUCAAAGAGUUGAAGCAAGAACUGUGAUUAAACAAAAGUGACCUGAUGGCAUAAAGGAAUUUGUUAGCAUAAUAGGCUUCAACUCUAUUUUAAUUUUCCUUUCUUAAGACAUUGUUGAGCCUUAAAUCCCCUGCCCUGUAAGUCAGAUUUGCUCCCCUUGCAUAACAGAACGCAGGAGUGAGUCAGAACUCUGCUAUAGUACAAGGCAGGAGAAACACCCAGUUUCUUCCAAAUUCAGUACUUGUAGUAACAGACUUUCUCACAUUACAGUGACCUGGGGAUGUUCCACAAAUUCUUAGUUAGUAGCCAACAUGUCCUGCCUUUGCCAUGUCCAUAAAAAGACAGAUUUAGGAUACUUUAAAUAUGCUUGAGGUCUUUAUGGUCUGCACUGUGACUCAUUCCUCUUUCAGGUCCAUUUAGAGAUGUGCCCUACCAUUCCAUCAUGUCAAAUCCUUCCACAGCUUAUAGCAGUCGAUUUGUUCAGUUUUGUUUUGAACUUUUUCAGCCUUUGAAUUAUGUAAAACCAUUGGUCCCAAAUCUAGCUUUGAUUAGCUUGAGAUCAGGAAAUUAAUGUCCAGCUUUUUGCAGAAGUCUGAGCAAGGAACUGCUGUCCAGGUGCUCGCUGGGUUACAGCAGACGCAUGAGAGAACACGUACCAUGACAGCACAGAGCAGAGGGAGCUGCAGAAAAGGGGCUCAUUGCCAAUAGCAAAGGUGACGCUUGGACUUUGAGGGGAAACUGCCUUAACACGUUGGGCUUCUUGACAUUUUACCAAAGCAUCAUCUCAGCUAAAUAGUUUCAUCCUCACAGAAAAGCACCACCCCAGUCACUUUAAGGCAUCUACUUCACCACAUAAAACCUGAGACCGCAGGUUCAUCCAAAUUUGAAGCAUGACUAAAAUACUCUGAAUACAAGGGAAAAAUGCUGAUUUGUCCUGCUUUAACAUUGAACUUUUAAUAAUGUAUAGCAGUAUCUUUUGUGGACUUAACUGGAGCAUUAAGAUAAUCACCAUGAGGGACAAUAAUUCAAAAGUUUGGUAAAGUACACUACCAUGAAUAUUCAAAAUAUUCUUGAUUUGCUUCAUUUAUUGCUUUCUUGAAAGUCUUAUUUUGGUAGCACAGAUUGAAAUUUUCUUGGAACCAUCUAUUAUGAAGAGUAUAGCUCUAGCUACAGAAAGUACAAGUACAGCAUAAGACAAAUCUAACUUAUUUAACAAGCGCUACAGGAGUUAGGUCCACAUGCAGAUUUUUAUCUAAAACAAAUCAAUUGCUAUGUAUAAUUACAAGUGUCACAUACCUUGAACUAAACGAG